AUGCUAUCCUCCAGAGCAGCCCAAUCCACCCUGCGGGCCACCGCCCGCCAAUUCUCCUCUGUUCCCCGGGCUGCCGCUAUCAACAAUGUCAGAACCUAUGCUACUGCCGCAGCGGAAACAAAGCCUCCUAUCGCCCUUUUCGGUAUCGAUGGCACUUAUGCCAAUGCUCUGUAUACUGCAUCGGCCAAGACAUCCAGCCUGGACCAAACAUCCAGAGCCCUCGCAAUCUUGUCAGACGUCUUCAAGAAAGAUGCCAAAUUGCCCACCAUCCUCAGCGCCCCCACGCUCUCUGCAACCGAUAAAUCCCAUAUCGUCCAGGAGCUGCAACGAGUUGCCGGCGGUCCUGGGAAGGAUAAUAUCUUGAAGAACUUCCUCUCGACAUUGGCUGAGAAUAACAGACUUAGCAUUCUGCAGGGUGUCUGUGAGAAGUUUGCUGCUUUGAUGAGCGCGCAUCGAGGGGAGAUUGAGUUAAUUAUCACCAGUGCUCAGAGACUGGAUGCGAAGACCCUUCAACGCCUCGAGGCCGCCGUUGCUAAGUCCGAGUAUAGCCAGGGCAAGAAGCUCAAGGUUGUCCCAAAGAUCAACCCCGAUCUUGUUGGUGGGUUGGUUGUCGAGGUUGGCGAUCGAACCGUUGAUCUCAGUGUCUCCUCGAAGAUCGCCAAGCUCAACAAAGUUCUCACUGACACCUUGUAA